UAAGUCAACUGAUAAAGUUUGUUGUGACGGCAACCAGCAAAAACAAAACAGUUUCUUCAAAGAAAAGAAAAGUUUACAUUUGUUAAAUUAAUUUAACAAAACUCAGACAAUAAUAAAAGUAGACUGCCUGUCCCCGAAUUUAUUUACACUCGUAGCAAUCGUAGUUGUUGGUUUAAAAAAUCAAAAUAAUGUUUUCUAAAGCACGCAAUUUUAUUUGCACAACAAUUCUUGCUUCACCAUCAUCAUAUAAAAGGCCCUUUGUUCAUCCAAAAUUAGCUAUUGUCGGAAUGGAAGCUAAUAGAUUGUCCUCCGAUGCAUCGGAUUGCGGCACUAAAAUAAAAGUUCUUCACGAUCCUGCAAAUCAAGAAUUCCACAUUGAAUUCUCGAAGAAAUGUCGGGCUUUUUUGAAUUACGAAAUGGAAGGCGACGUCAUAAAGAUUAUGCACACUGAAGUUCCUAAAAAGUUUGAGGGCAAAGGUUAUGGCAAAGUUUUGGCACAGGCUGCCUUGGAGCACAUAGAAAAGAAUCAAUAUCAAGCUGAAUCAUACUGUGAUUAUUUCCGUCAUUACGUUGAGAAGUACGAACCUAAAUAUUUAAAAUAUUUUAAAAACUAAAACCAAAACAAACGUUCUAAAGCGUACAUUCUAAAAUUCUUUUAUUAAAAGACCUAAAAAGUUUACUGUACUGUCAAUUGUAAAAUAUACAUAAAAUUGUUAUAAUAAACUCUUAGUGUAGCACAACAAAGACCUUUUUUGAGUUCAUCUACUCUGAAGAUACCUGCAACUAAAUAGGAAUGGACGAACAAGAUUUUUCUAGUCUUGUCCUUUAUUAUGGUCGUGCUAGAUUCUUUCAUUCCAUGCAAAAGAUGGCACUUGAUGGCUUAGCCAAACAUCCGGCAAAUGCCUCUUUUCGUUUGUACAACGGUAUUUCGUUGGCUCUGGGUAAUCGUGUUCAGGAAGGUAUUCGGGAAUUGAAUCCUCUGAAGAAUGAACCAGACUUGGGUUUGGCUGCAACACUGGGUCUUAUUUAUGCCCACAAACGAUGCAAUUUAGUCGACAAUGACGCUGUGGCCAAUUUGGAGGCAAAACUCAAGGAGGAACGAAAGAAUUUGACAGCGAAUUCGGCUUAUUAUGCGGCUGUGUUUUUGUUUCUCAACGGAAAAGUUGAAAAGGCUCGUGAAUAUGCUGAAAAGGCGUUAAAAAUUAAUCCCGAACUGCUUAAUGCUCAUGUGUUGAAAGCAUGGACAGAAUUGAGCACAGAUGAACGACUAAGCAAGAACAUUCUUCAAUCGCUGGACAAAGUACUGCAAAAGGGCAAGAACAUCGAUGCAUCAUUGGGCCAGGUCAAGUACUUUCAGCUGAAUAGUGACUACGAGAAUGCCAUUUCCGUGCUGAAUAAGCUGUCUGUGCGUUUUCCAGAGCUGAAUAUUCCGCUGAUUGAGAAAAUGGAAACUCAGCUGGCUAGCUGGAAUUGGGACUAUGCUUUUGAGACAGCCUUGAGAAUUGUCAAUCUCGAGCCGUCGAAUAUAUCGGCGUUGAGAGUGAAGGGUUUUCUGUUGGUAUGCAAAGAGGGAAAUAUUCAAGCGGGUGUGCAGACCCUUCAACAAUUGCUGAAUGCCACCGAGCGGGUAGAAAUGGGCAAUUACAGCCUCAUCCUGCAGAUUUGCCAACUGUUUUCGAGAAUUUGCGGUCGUCAGAAGGAUGUCCUUAACAUAACCAAUAAGUACGUGGAUAAAAUAGUCCAACUGAGCCCGGGUAACGUUGAAUUCCUCACCGAACUUGGCUACCAGUUCAUUUUGAUGGGCAACUACAAGGAAGCAACGAAGUGCUUCCGAUCCGCGACCAAAGUCGAUGACAAUUUGUUCUUUGCCCUGUGUGGUCUGACAUUGUGUCAAAUUAUCGAGAAUGGAGUAACGGAGCAAGUACGACAGCAGGUUGAGUUUUUGAAUGAAAUGAAGGGAAUCAAUAAGGAACCGAUUUUGCUGCUUCUUUCGUCGAAAAUUGCUGAAAAUGGUGAUAAAGCUGUGGCAUUACUCAUCGAGGCCACAGAAAUUCAUUUUAAAAAUCUGAAGACUUUGUCUUUCGGAGCGGAGUAUCUCCUUCGAUUCGAUCCGGAUUUCCUGCUGCAAUUAACCGAGGAACUCAUGCAACACUCACCUGUCCAAGUGCAAGUUAAGGUGGGUGUGAAUCUCACGAAGGACACAUUGCACAUGUCGUUGAAGCAUUGUUUGAAUAUUUUGGAAGCCGUUUGCAAGGCAUGUCCCGGUUCGGUGAAGGCCAUAUUCCUCAUGGCCAAAGUGGAGUUCCUUUGCGGUGAGAUAAGUUCAUCGACCACAACUCUCCAGAAGAUCCUAAAUGACAUCGAUCCAACCUACACCGAUGCUCAUUUGCUAAUCGCUCAAAUACACAUUCAGCAGAAGCAGUUCUCGAAGGCCCUGCAAUCCCUGGAAAUUGGUCUGUCGCAUAAUUUCUCAGUUCGAGAGAAUCCCUUGUAUCAUCUGUUGAUUGGUAUUGUACAGAAGAACCAACAGCAAUACGUUGAGGCACAGAAGAGUUUUCUCAAUGCCAUGAACUUGACCGGAAGUAAGUUUACCCAAGAGUCGUCGAGUAAUGUGGCCUCCCCGAAAAAAUAUCGCAAAUCAGAUAUUGGAAGCUUUACUUUGGCCGAUAAGGUGACGUUGUAUUUAGAGUUGAUUGAGGUGUACAUUCAGCUGGGUGAGAGUUUUGAGAGCGAACGGUUGCUGCAAAAUGCCAUGGAAGAGUUUAGUGGAACUUCGGAAGAGGGACGAUUGGUUAUUGCAAAUUCGGAUCUGGGAUUGCAGAGUGGGAAUAUAGCAAAGGCUAUUGAGCUGCUCGAGGAAAUUCAACCUGGACAAUCUUACUAUAUUCAAGCUAAAACUCAUUUAGCAAAUAUAUAUCUUCAUCAACGUAAAGAUCGCGUUGCUUUCGCUAAGUGCUUUAAACAACUUGUUGAGAACUGUCCAGAACCUGAGAGCUAUCUCAUGCUGGGCGAGGCUUACAUGUCCAUUCAAGAACCUGAUCUUGCUGUCGAUGCCUACGUCCAGGCUCUGGAACUCAAUCCAAAUGAUUCUUUGCUAGCGAGUAAGCUAGGCCGUGCUUAUGUCAAGACGCAUCAAUAUAAAAAAGCAAUUCGUUAUUAUCAAGAAGCUGUGGAAAACCCCGAUCAUUCUGGACUGAAAUUAGAUCUGGCUGAACUUUAUUUGAAAUUGAAACAAUUUCAAAACGCUGCCGAUAUUUUGAUUCACGAAGUUGAUCAGAAAAGGAUUGACGAUAACGAUAUAUCACCUCUACAACUUCGCACCAAGCAAUUGCUUCUCUUAGCAAGGGUUCAUGAAAAAGCUGGGAAUAUUGCCCUAUCCCUAACCAGACUCAAAGAAGCUCGUGACAAUCAAUAUCGAGUACAGAAAAGAGUCACUAUUGACCAGUCUGGGAAUUUACAAGAACAAAAUCAAGUUCUUAUUAAAAUUUGCCUUCUCAUUGCUGAGCAAUCGAUCAGCCUCCGCGAAAAUGAUCAAGCUGUAAAGGUCUUCAAGGAAUCUCUCAAAUACUCGCCGAACGAUAUAACAAUUAUGGCUGCCUUAGCUCGAUUGCAUCUACAAAUGAAUCAAAUGGACCAAUGCAAAGAGAUAUGCAGUCAAAUUCUCCAUUUGGAUAGCAACAAUGAAGCCGCCUCCGUCAUGAUGGCGGAUCUUUCCUUCAGGAAGAUGGAUUUCGAAAGUGCAGCCUAUCACUUCUCUCAGUUACUCAUCUCUCAGCCAUGUUAUUGGACUGCUCUGGCUCGACUCAUAGAAGUUAUGCGUCGAUCUGGGACCCUAUCUGAGGUGGCUUCGUUCAUGCAGCGAGCCGAACAAGCGUCGGUGAAUCCAUCACAAAUAGCUGGAUACAACUAUUGUAAAGGUCUCUACGAAUGGUAUUGCGGAAAUCCGAAUGGAUCACUGCGGUUUUUCAAUAACGCUCGUCGAGACUACGAAUGGGGACAACAGGCAGUCUUCAAUAUGAUUGAGAUUUGCAUAAAUCCCGAUGGCGAUCUGCCGAGUACAAAUGAUGCCGAUUACGCUGCAGACAGUGGAGAGUUCAAUGAUUCUAGGAUUGUUGCGUUAAGAACGGCAGAAAGGCUCCUCAAAGAACUUCGCCCUCGUCCAGGUGGAAUGGACAAUGAAGCACUCAACCAUCGUUUGCUUCAUAAUUUCCUACAACUUUCGACGAAGCAAAAAUUCCAAAUAGAAUCCUCACUGCAAGAUUUCUCCGAUCUCGCUUUGAAGGAAGAAUAUCAAAAUUUAGUUGGACCGAUUCUGGGAAUGGCAUCGGCUCUCAUAAUGUUAAAGCAAACUCAGCGAGCAAAGAAUCAGCUUAAGAGAAUCGCUCGAAAUACCUGGAAUUUCGAGGAGGCUGAGUACUUGGAACGUAGUUGGUUGCUUCUAGCAGAUAUUUACAUGCAAUCGAGUAAAUAUGAUGUUGCAGAGAGUUUUGUCGAAAAGGUAUUGGAACACAAUAAGUCCUGUACGAAAGCUUAUGAAUUUUCUGGGCAAAUUUUCGAAAAAAUGCAAAACUAUAGAGAAGCAGCAAAAAGUUAUCAUAGUGCAUGGAAUUGUGGUGGCAAGUCAAAACCACAUGUUGGCUAUAAGUUGGCUUUUAAUUAUAUGAAAUUGAAGAAGUAUGCCGAUGCUAUAGAUGUUUGCCAGCAGGUUAUGAAAGAACAUCCGGAUUAUACAAUAAUCAAGAAGGAUAUUCUGGAUAAGUGUAGGAAUAAUUUGAGGUCCUAAAGUUGAUUAAGUUUGAUGCAAUCGGAGUGUAGUAGGUUUUCUGAAAUAUGAAAUAAAAGCUUUUCUUUGUUUUCAAACGAUUUAUUGGAAUACUUUUGGGAAUUAUAUCGUUGAGUUUUUCAAUAUUUCAAACCUCAUUUGGAUCAAGGGUUAAUAUGAAGCCUAUUAUAAAAAUAGAUAAAGAAGAUACAAUUCCUACA